AAAUUAAAGCAAUAUCAUUCUUAAUCUAUUUUCAAUAAAAGUAAUGAAAAAUAUUAUAAAUUGUUGUAAAUAAUAUUGACUCAUUACAAUAAUAUUUGCCGCUUAAAUAAAUUGUUUUGACUUCAUGCGUACUGAUUAGCCAUUGGUUGUGCCACAAAGAAUGAGUAAUCAUCUGUCCCCUGUAACCAUUACAAUGAGUGAUAAUUUAAAAUUAGAUGCUCUUAAAUAUCUAAUUGAUACUGGACACUUAAACAAAUGUAAAAUUUUGGCCUCUCAACAUUCCGAAAAAUCUCAGGGUAUCGGGAUAGCCAAUUUACCAUUUAUAUAUGAUCUCGAAAUAGAUCUUAUUCUCUUAAAUGAUUCUUCCCAUAAUUUGUAUGAAAAGUUUGUUCAGUAUCCCGAAAAAACAAGAAAUAUAUUCCGCGAUGUAAUACAAGAAGAAAUGAUUAAAUAUCUUACGUGUAAUAAGUGUAGGCCAGUUCACACGGAAUUACAUAUCCAUUGUACAAUACUUCCUCAUAUAUCGAAAAUACGUAAUAUUAAACCAACCGCAUUGAUUUUAUUAAAACGUUAUGUACUCACAGCAAUGACUGUGGCAGUUACUUACAGUAUUUGUAAAUUCUAUCGAUGCACUAAUACCUUUUGUAUACGAAACCUGAUGGGAUUUUAUUUAACGGAAGAGGAUGUGCAGAUGGAGGAAUGGAAAAAAUGCGAAUUAUGUUAUCAAUCAGUGAUCGAAGAUCAAGCACGCAGUGGAGAAGGUCAAAGAGUUUUAGUGAACUUUAUUCCAAUAACUGGAUUUAGAUCUCAUAAGCCCGGCAUGCAUCGAGCGAUCACAUGUUCUGUAACAGAAUCUUUGAUAAAAAAACUUGAAUUGGGUUCAGAGUAUCACAUAUGUGGAUACCAAAAGACUCAAUGGUUUGAAAUUUUGGGCCUGGAAAAAUAUAAUCCAUUUGGAAUAAAAUACGAGCCUUACGUUUGGCCUUCAACAAUUCUGUCCUUAAAAUCAAUGAUAGAUCAAACCCAUCCUAACAGUCCAUGGGCAUUUGUAAUGUUUUUGGCUUCCCAACUUGGACACAGUAUUUGCCCAUCAAAAUCAUCUUUAUCUUUGAAAAUGGGAUUACUGUUAAGCCUCAGUAACUUGAAUGGCAACAAAGUUGUUCCCGUUAUGUGCGUGGGACCAAGUACGAAAAUUGCUGCAGAAUUGAUGAACCACACCUCGAAGUUUGCAGAAAGACAUUUGCGAAACGGUUUUCCGAUUGUUGGUUUUAUUAAAGAAAUUGGUAAUUGGACUUGGCAGGAAAGCGGAAUACUUAUAAUGGCUAAAAAUGGAGUUUGUAAUUUGGGUAAUUGGGAGGGAUUAAAACAGAGCGAAAGGGAAGUGAUUUCAUCAACUAUUGGUGCAAACAAAAUAAAAGUUAACACGAAAUGUGUUAAAGGAUUUGGUACUAUACCUAUAUAUUCACUUAAAACUGCUAUCUGGACGUAUUGGGGGUAUUCUAGAUCAGAACGGCACAAUUCUAUGGUGAAAAAAUGUGUAGAGUAAUAAUUUUAUUGUCAAUAUUUUACAGCAAUAGUAUCAAUUCAUUUCUUGUGGUUAAUUAUUUUCUAAUAUUUUAUUUACAAGCAUUUUCGGUAUACCGUUUCUCGCCGACUCUAAUAAUGAUGAUACAUACGUCUCGUAUGUCUUAAGAUCGACUACUGGAGUGAAUA